AUGAUUGCCUGGUCGAUAGAACUGUCCGAGUUCGGCAUCCAGUACGAAAACUGUGGACCCCUGAAAGCCCAGUGCUUAGCCGAUUUCGUAGCCGAGCUCACGCCAACUACUACUGAGGAAUCCCAGACAUGGACCCUACAUGUUGACGGGUCCUCCAACUCCAAAGGUGGAGGUGCAUGCAUCAUUCUAGAAGGGCCAAACCAAGUCACCCUGGAGCAAUCCCUCAAGUUCGGCUUCAAAGUAACCAAUAACCAGGCAGAGUACGAGGCGCUCCUUGCCGGUCUGAGGCUAGCCCACGAUCUCGGAGCUCGAAGAGUGAACUGCAACAGCGACUCGAAGCUCAUGGUAGAACAGCUCAGUGGGACAUACCAGACAAAAGACACCCUCCUACAGCGGUACUUCCACAUUACAUCCCGCCAGAUCUCGUCUUUCGACGAAUUCUCCAUAAAACAUGUACCACGAGAGCAAAACGCCAGAGCAGAUCUCCUAUCAAAACUCGUCAGUACUAAAUGGCCAGGUCAACACCGAACCAUCAUCCAGGAAACCCUGCACUCACCUAGCCUAGACGACAAAAUCGUCAACGUCAACGACAAGGAAGAACGGGGAUGGAUGGCGGACAUCUGGAACCACCUGAAAGAGGGGACCCUGCCCAAAGACAAAGACGAAGCACGAAAGGUGAGAAUGAGAUCAGCCAAAUUCAUCAUCAUCGAUGAUGAAUUAUUCAAACGUGGGAUUUCCACUCCACUGCUCAAAUGCCUGACCACAUCUCAAGCAACCUAUGUCGUCGAGGAAAUCCAUCAGGGGAUAUGCGGAAUGCACUCCGGAGCGCGCUCAAUGGCAGCCAGGGUACUCCGAGCUGGAUACUACUGGCCCACUCUGAAGUCAGACUGCCAAAACUACAUCCAAAAAUGCAAAGAGUGCCAGCAUUUUGGCAACACACACCGACAACCCCCUGAAGCCUUUCACCACAUGAUGUUCGGGAUCCCCCACACCAUCAUUACCGAUAAUGGACGACAAUUCAUCGCAGAAGAAUUCGAGAACUUCCUCCAAGAACUCGGAAUCAAGCAUCUCCCAACCUCAGUGGAGCACCCCCAAACCAACGGCCAGGUCGAAGCAGCCAACAAGGUCAUCCUCCAAGAGCUUAAAAACGGCUCGGGAACGCAAAAGGGCAGUGGCCCGACAUGCUCCCUAGCAUCCUCUGGGCAUAUCACUGCACCCCCCAGUCGACCACGCAAGAAACACCCUACAGGAUAA